GCCGCGCGCGCCCGCGCCCCGCGCCCCGGCGACUAUAAAGGGAAGGCGGUCUGCGCGCUGUCUCCGCCCGGUCUGCAGCUUUCCAUCCACUCGCAUCGCUUCCCACGGUCGCCGGUCAGACCUCAGCCGCCAACAUGGUGAAGCAGAUCGAGAGCAAGUACGCUUUCCAGGAAGCCCUGAACAGUGCGGGAGAUAAGCUGGUCGUGGUCGACUUCUCCGCCACGUGGUGUGGGCCCUGCAAGAUGAUCAAGCCCUUCUUCCAUUCCCUCUCCGAGAAGUAUUCCAACGUGAUAUUCCUGGAAGUAGACGUGGAUGACUGUCAGGAUGUUGCUGCAGAGUGUGAAGUCAAAUGCAUGCCAACCUUCCAGUUUUUUAAAAAGGGACAAAAGGUGGGUGAGUUUUCUGGAGCUAAUAAGGAAAAACUCGAAGCCACCAUCAAUGAAUUCGUUUAAUCAUGUUAACCAGCCAUCGGCUCUUGUAAUUUUUUUUAUUUACAAAAAAAAAAAAGAAAAUAGAUCAAGUAUAGAGACUAUAUACUCAGCUACCAUCUGAUUAUAAAUGACAAUAAAAUAUUAAUUCUACCCUUUUUAAAA